AGAGUUGGUACGGAGCCUCAAACCAAAGGCUACGCACGGAUGGCGCCAUGAGCGCCCUGCUCCCGCGGGCCGUGAAGCGGCCGGAGCUGCAAUGGCGGGGUCGCCUCGGAAGCUGGCGCGAGUCGUCCGUGCAGGUGGUGGCGGUGCUUUGGGCCCGGUUCCGCGUGCACUUACGUGGCCUGGCGCUGCGCAAGGCCGUGGGCUCCCUGCGGGGCCAGUUGGCAGAGGCCUUGGCCGCGGAGGCCUAUGCGCUGGCGGAGGGUGACGAGAUCGAGGCGCCGCUGAGUGGCCCGGUGGCGGUCUGCACGGAGGACUUUGGCCACAACGGCACGGUGGCGGUGGCGCUGGUGGCCAGGUCCAGCUCUGUGGCCGCGUUGGCCAAUCCGCUCAAGAAGCUGACGCUGCGCGGCAGGGCGACCGCGACCUGGGUGGAUACCAUUGA